UCUCAUUUUCCUAUGUCAAUUUGUUUUGUACUUUACCCUUCUCAUUUCUCAAAAUCAUAUACCAUAUAUGGCUUUCUUUCUUUGCUUCUUCUUUUUCAUUCUUGCUUCCUCAGCCACUGCUUGUGAUCGUUGCUUGCAUCAAUCCAAGGCUUCAUAUUUCUCAAAAGCUUCUGCUCUUUCAUCUGGGGCAUGUGGGUAUGGUUCUUUAGCACUUGACUUUAGUGGUGGACACCUUGCAGCUGGUGUUUCUUCACUCUUCUAUAAUGGAGCUGGUUGCGGUGCUUGCUUCCAGGUAAGAUGCAAGAACCAAGCUAUAUGCACAAAAGAAGGUACCAAAGUGGUAUUAACUGAUCUUAAUCACAAUAAUCAAACUGAUUUUGUCCUAAGCAGUAGAGCCUUUACAGCUAUGGCUCAAAAGGGUAUGAGCCAACAGAUAUUGAAACUUGGCAUUGUUGACAUUGAAUACAAGAGAGUACCAUGUGAGUACAAAAAACAGAAUUUGGCUGUUCGUGUUGAAGAAUCAAGCAAAAAACCAGAUUAUUUAGCAAUUAAAUUUUUGUAUCAAGGGGGUCAAACAGAGAUAGUAGGUGUUGAUGUAGCUCAGGUUGGAUCUUCAAAUUGGAGUUUCUUGAGUAGAAAUCAUGGGGCAGUGUGGGACACAAGUAGGGUUCCACAAGGGGCAUUGCAAUUUCGUAUAGUGGUUACAUCAGGGUAUGAUGGUAAAUGGCUAUGGGCAAAAAAGGUUCUUCCAGCUGAUUGGAAAAAUGGGGUGAUAUAUGAUUCUGAUAUUCAGAUUACAGAAAUUGCACAAGAGGGUUGUUCACCAUGUAAUGAUGAAACAUGGUCAUAAUUCAGGACAAAGACAAACUAUAGUGCUGAAUAUAACCCCACAUAACAUAUACAUAUAUAGAUUUUAGGUGGCUUUAAUUUUAUUCUUCUGUGUAUUAUAGGCUUACAAACCAAAUGUAAUACCCAGAAAUCAUAUGGAAUAGCUUAAUAAAAUUAAUAUGUGUUGUCUCCUUUGUGACUACUCAACUUCAUUA